AUGGUUCAACUCAAAGGCGCCUUUUUAGCGACUGUGCUUACACAUGUUGGGCUUGUUGAAGCAGUCCGGCGAUACAAUCUCACUCUAACCUACGCCUGGAACAAGCAGGAUGGGCAUGGUCGACCAACUUAUCUUAUUAACAAUGAUACGCCAGGACCAGUCCUCACUGUCGAUGAGGAUGAGACACUGGAGGCAUUUGUGGAUAAUCAACUACAAAUAGAAACCACCAUUCAUUGGCAUGGUAUCUAUCAAAUUAACGAACCAUGGAAUGACGGCGUACCGGGCGUAACUCAGUGGGCGACUGAACCGAGGGAUAACUACACAUAUCGGUUUACUCCCCAAGGACAGUAUGGAAGCUACUUUUAUCAUGGGCACUUUGGGCCUGCAUUCUCAGACGGCCAACGAGGUCCUCUAUGGAUCAAGCCGGCUGACUGGCGCCCUCGACCAUACGAGCUCAUAUCCAAAAAGGAGGACGAUAUUCGCGCUAUGCAAGCAGCAGAGAAGAACCCAAGGCACAUCAUCAUUGCUGAUUGGAACGAUCAGCCAAUGGACAUGUAUCUGAUCCGCUUCCGAGACACCGGAUACAUACCCACCUGCGCCAAUAGCCUUACUUUAAAUGGGCGAGGCGGAACCAGGUGUGAGUCUGCCCGAGAACUUGAAGAUGCUGGCGGGCCCGGACGGAAUGAACGUGGGUGUCUUUGGCGGAUGCCAGGCUAUGAGUAUGUAAAUGUUGAUUAUUGCACCGAGACAAAUCCGGAGCUUGAGGUGUUGCAAGCGAAUCCAGGCGAACAAUGGGUCUGGAUCAAUUUCAUUCAUUCUGGAGCUCAUCACUCUCUUGCCAUAAGCCUAGAUGAGCAUGAGUUUUGGGUUGUUGCAGCUGAUGGCGAGUUUGUUUACCCACAAAAGGUAGUGAGGACGCAUGUGAAUUUAGGAGAGAGGACAAGCAUACUUGUCAAAUUAGACAAACCAAGCGGAGAGUAUGCCCUGAGAUUGCAUUCUCUUCGCUAUGAGCAAAUCAUUCAAGGCGCCGGCAUUCUCCGUUAUCCUACUACUAAGCAUUCAAACAAGACGCUUCCUAACACAAAGCCGUGGCUGCAUCUUAACGGCAGCGUCGUCAACCCUAAAGACAGGGUGAUGAACGAAAUGAAGUUAGCCCCGUAUCCGCCUAGGCCACCUCCUGAAAAGGCCGAUUUCACCCUGAAGUUUAUGGUUGACAAGACGGGGCCUUCAACUUGGGUCCUAAACGCUGCGCCGCAUGAAUUCUUCCGUCAAAAUGUUCCUCCUAUUUUGUGGAAUAAUAAUUCAUGUGGAAAGACAUGCUGGUCUAAUGGAAUUCUCAGGAACGGCUCGGUUGUUGACUUGAUUAUCGAAAAUGGUGCCGACAUUGACUCCAACCACCCCUUCCACAAACACAACCACAAGGUAUGGGUUAUCGGCCAGGGCGACGGGGGCUUCCACUGGAAAGACGCAGAGGAUGCUAUUGAGAAUGGAGGUGCCGAGUUUUUCAAUUUGGUCAACCCACCACGUCGUGAUGGGUUCACUCUCUACGCUGGAGAAGGGAAAUUUGUUGUUGUCCGCUACGAGAUACAUUUUCCUGCCGUCAGCAUGCUGCACUGCCAUAUGAUUCACCACUUUGCGAGCGGACAACAGGUUAUUUUGGUGGAGGGAAUGGAAGUUAUGCCACCAGUUCCACAGGAGUUGAAGGAUAAGCCCCAUGUUGAGUUUGAAUUUCCCCCACGUUAUGGACCACUGGACUGA